UUUGGUGGGACAUCCGACCCCUAUGUGAAACUCUAUCUUCUCCCCAACAAGUCCAAGACGUACGAGACCAAGGUCUUCCGGAAAACACUGCAGCCGGUCUUUAACGAGCACUUCAAGUUCCAGAUCAAGCAGCCUGAGCUGAGCGAGUCCACACUAGUGAUGCAGGUGUACGAUUUCAAUCGGUUCUCAAAGCACGACAUCAUUGGUGAACUCCGGCUACAGCUGUCCUCAGUGGACUGGAACCAUGUCAUUGAGGAGUGGAAAGAUCUGACCGAGGCAUCCAAGUUUGAGCAAGAGAAUUUGGGAGAUAUCUGCUUCUCACUGAGAUAUGUCCCCACAGCCAGUAAGCUUACUGUUGUUAUUCUUGAAGCAAAGCAUUUGAAAAAAAUGGACCAUGGAGGAGGUUUAUCUGAUCCUUAUGUCAAAAUUCAGUUGACAUUGGACAAGAAAAAAUGGAAGAAAAAGAAAACAUCUGUGAAAAAGAGAACACUAAACCCAUAUUUUAAUGAGUCUUUUACAUUUGAAGUUUCUUUUGACCAGAUUCAGAGGGUCCAGUUGGUGAUUUCCGUGUGGGACCAUGACAAAGUCAGCAGGAACGACGCCAUCGGGAAGAUUUUCCUGGGCUGCGACGCCUCGGGCAACCAGCUGCGGCACUGGGCAGACAUGCUGUCCAACCCCCGCCGGCCAGUGGCCCAGUGGCACACCCUCCUACCCGCCGAACAGGUGGAUGCCACCCUGGCACUCAAGCACACCAUCAAGAUCCCCUUCACUGGCAAAACCUUCUGAUGGGACUAUCCACCUUUAUCCAACAAGUCCUCCUGUCCAUUUCAUAUAAUUUUGUACUCUGACAGAGUAUCCGGUCUGCUAGU